AUGGAGGUCGGCGCUCGUCGUGCCGCUGUGCUCUUCCUCCUGCUCCUGUCUCAGGCCCUGAUGACCGUUCACUCUCAGGAGGAGGAGGACGCCGUCCAGGAGGAGGAGCUGCAGGAGGAGGACCAGCAGGAGAUCGAGACCUGGACAUCGGACGUCAAAACCUGCACCUGUGACUGUGAGUCUGCCUCUUCGCAGACCGCCGUCCCACCUGUCCAGUCCACCUCGCUGCUGCCGCCGGCCCCGCCUCCUCUGGGCCAACCGGUGCUCUGCAUGCCAGAAUGUCCGUACCACAGAGCUCUGGGCUUUGAAUCUGGAGCUGUGGAUUCAGACCAGAUCAGCUGCUCCAGUCAGGACCAGUACGUGGGCUGGUACUCCUCCUGGAUCCCCUCCAAGGCUCGCCUGAACAACCAAGGCUUUGGGUGUGCUUGGCUCUCCAAGUUCAACGACCUGCAUCAGUGGAUCCAGAUCGACCUGAAGGACGAGGCCGUGGUGUCCGGCAUCCUCACUCAGGGCCGCUGUGACGCCGACGAGUGGAUCACUAAGUACAGCAUCCAGUACCGCACGGUGGAAACGCUCAACUGGAUCUUUUACAAAGACCAGACCGGGAACAACAGGGUCUUCUAUGGGAACUCGGACCGCUCCUCCACGGUCCAGAACCUGCUGCGCCCCCCCAUCGUAGCCCGCUACGUCCGCCUGCUGCCGCUGGGCUGGCACACCCGCAUCGGCAUGAGGCUGGAGCUGCUCAUGUGCAUGAACAAGUGUCCCUGA